UCUAUAGUUUUCAAACAAAAAUCAAAAAUUAAUUUCACAUAUCCACCUACCUCUUUUUUUCAUUCAGAAACAGGACACAUCACUCAAUGUAACCAUUACUGAAAAUCCACAUAUUAAACACCCACUUCCACCACACCUGCACCUCUUUAUUCCUUCCAUUUUUUGUUUUUCUUCCAAAAAUUUCACAAAUUUCUUUCACCCUUUUCAAAAAUCUAUCUCUAUCUCUGUAUCUAUAUCUCUAAUGUCUACUAAUCAUCAUCAAACCCACAUCUUCAAAAAAGGUGACAACAUCGAGGUUCACAAAACCCCAACUUCCGGCGACUCUCCGGCAUGGUUUCCGGCGACUAUCAUCAACACCCCAUCUCCAUCAACAGCCACAUUACACGUUAAAUACACCACAUUGUCUAAAGAAAAAGAAAGUAUCAAUGGUAAACGAAAAAGAAAGAAACUUAAAGAAUAUGUUGAUGUUUCUGACAUGAGGCCGGCGCCGUCGCGGGAAACCCGGCGGCGGUUUGUUGGUGGUGAGACGGUGGAAGUGUAUUAUGAAAAAGGGUGGCGAAAAGGAAAAGUUUUAGAUGCGUUUCUUGAUUUUAGUGAUGAUGGUUUGAGGUAUAAAGUGUUGGUCGGUGGUUUGGAAAUUGUUGUUGAGGAUUUUAAGGUUAGGGUUUUUGAGGAUUGGAAACUAGAUUCUUGUCAUGACCAACAACAAAAGGAGGAAAAGUCACCUCGUCUAGUUUUGCAAUCCAGAAAUGGAACAAAGUUGAGGAUUAUAUGUAGUUCAAGAACCCCAAAAACAACCCCCUUCGAAAAAGGUACAUGUGUGGAGGUCCGAAGCCAUGAAGAAGGUUACCAUGGUUCGUGGUAUACCGCAAAAGUGGUUGGCCCAGUAGAUGAGGAAGACAAACUUAUGGUGCAGUACGAUACACUAACAACAGAUGACCAGACGAAACCACUUGUGGAAAUGGCAUUUAUUUUAAACAUUAGGCCCCUUCCACCUAUAAUCAACCGAAUUGAUCGUUUUAAGCUGCAUGAAGAAGUAGAUGUAUGGUAUAAUGAUGGAUGGUGGUCAGGUCUCAUUUGCAAAGUUAUACCCGGUUUGAGUUAUUUAGUCUACUUCUGGACAACGACUGAGGAAUUGGUAUUUGAGCAUUCUAACAUAAGACCUCAUCAAGAAUUGCUAGAUGGAAAGUGGGUCGCUUCAUUCUUGAGGCCAAAAGUAGCUUUAAAUCCUAGACCUGAAAAAGUGAAGUUACAGAUGGGUCAGAGAACAUUGAUGGUGGGUCUUCAAGGUGGAGUAAAGGUAGAGAUAGCCCAUGGUGAAAAAGGGUUUUUGACUACUUGGUAUCCUGCUGUAAUUGUUAAGCCUGUUCGUAAUGGAAACUACAUUGUGGAAUAUCGAACACUAACAACAAAAAAUGGACGCGAGUGUGAUAAAGAAGAGGUGGAUGUGUUCUGUAUAAGACCUUGUCCGCCUAUAGUUCAACGACCCCAGCAGUUUCAAGUGCAUGAUAAAGUUGAAGCUUGGGAUCUCAAGAGUUGGCAAAUCGGGCAUAUCUCUAGAACAAUGAAGGACUUUAAGUAUGAGGUUUCUUUCGAGGUAACAAAUACUGUUGCUGAAUUCCGGCAUUCAGAUUUAAGGCCACAUCAAACUUUUAUCAAUGGUGAAUGGCUCCUUGCCUCCAAGGAUGCCUUGAAGACAUAGUUAUAUUCGCAAUAUACGGAAGAUGGAUGCUCUCCCACUUUGGAUAUUAUGUACAUAUAUUGCUCGCAUAGCUGCCAUAGCAUAGGUAAGAUAUUAUGAGUUGUCUUUUAAUCUCAAACCAUUCAAAUCAAUCACCAUCGAAAUUCAAAGUCAGCUUUAAUGUUUAA